UCUUAUCUGAAAAGUUUCUGUUUUCUCUGUCUGAAACUCUGCAAAUAUUGAAUUAUUACCAUGGCUUCCUUUUUUCUUUUUUUUUUUUUUGGCAAAUAUUGCAAUGGCUUCCAGCUGUUCCUCUCUCAUUUCUUCUUAUCUCCACGAAUUUAACUUUCUCACCUCUCUGCAAAACCCAUCUUAAUUACCUCUUCUACACCACCACCGCCAAUGGCUUUUGCUGCUGUGACCAUUUUAAUGGACACUCUCCACCAACACUUCCCCCAACCCACUCCUCGUUUCCCUCUUCGCAACAAAACAAAGGUCAAAUUACUUUACAAACAUCUUUCUUCUUUGCAAACCUGUCUUGAACAAGAUUUCAAAGUGGGGGAGUGUGAUGAAGCAAUCAAAGCUUUGGAAGCACAAAUGAGAGAUGUCUCCGUUGAACUAAGGUUCCAAAUUGAACACCAAUUGAGAUUGUUUUACCUGGGGAAAUCCAUGAAGGUUAGGCUUCACUCUGCUCAGAAGCUUCUCCCAAUCUUGAAUCGAGCAAUUAAAGACAUAAAAACUAUGGAUUUCGAUUCUAUGUUGCGCAUCUUACCCAAGCACUUCAUGCUGCCUGUAUCAGGCAUGCCUGCUCAUAUAAAGAAAAGGGUUAAAUCUUUUUGCACACAGCAUCAUACUAUCUUUUAUCGUCAUAAUAUCUAUUAUAAAAAUUUAUAUAGAAAAGAAGAAAGUAAUGAUGAACAGGAGAGCAAAGAUGAACAAGACAGCAAGGAUGAAGAAGAAAGCGAGGAUGAGAAGGAGAGUGAAGAUGAACAAGAGAGCAAGGAUGAGCAAGAGAAAAAGGGGGAACUAAAGAGCAAGGAUGAACAAAGGAGGUGUAUGUUGUAUGAAGCAGAAAGUAUAAUCAGACAAGAAUUGAGAGCUUCUUAUCUCAAUAAAUACAUGAAGCAACGGAUUGAGGCUAGGCAAAGGAUUCGUCAAAUCUUCACACAAGGAAUUAAGCUCACAUCCUACAUCAAGAAAGAGCUGUUGAAGGUUAAAAAUGCUGCAUACCACCAAUCCAAAAUCUCACAAAACAACAAUCCUGCUUCUCCUACAGGCGGCAACAUUACAGUUGGUGAUGAUUUGUUGCAGCAUACUUCAAAGCCUGCAAUCAAAAUGGUGGGCUGCGAUGAUGAGUUCAACACGAUAAUGGACAACCUGAAGCAGCAAUCCUCAAACCGAGAAAUUGUCUCAAUUGUGGGGAUGGGAGGCAUCGGUAAAACCACCUUAGCUAGAAAAAUUUAUGGAGAUGCUUCAAUCAUUUCUCACUUUGAUUGUCAAGCUUGGGUUACUAUCUCACAGGAGUAUAAUUCGAGACAAGUGUUCCAAGGCCUUCUUCAUUCUCUUGGCCGAGGGGUCUGUAAAAACGAUGAAACUACCAACACUGAAUUGGCUGAGCUAGUAUACAGAUGUCUAAAACAUCAAAGGUAUUUGAUUGUUAUAGAUGACACAUGGAGUAUAGAUGUUUGGGGUGAUUUACAGAAAUGCUUCCCGGAUGACAACAAUGGAAGUCGAGUCUUAUUGACCACUCGACUAAAAAAUGUAGCUGCAUACGUCUCUGCAGGUAGUGGUUUUUGUCAUAACAAGUGUUUUUUGGGAUCAUAUGAAAGUUGGGAUCUUUUUUGCAAGGUGUUGUCUGAGAGAAUAAUUUUGUCCCCUAAAUUUGACAUAAUUGCUAGAAAGAUAGUAGACAAAUGCAAAGGAUUACCUCUUGCAAUUACUGUGGCUGCUGGACUCCUCUCAAACUCCAAAAAAACAAUUAAUGAAUGGGAGAGUAUUGCAAAAAAUAUUCCUACAUUAAGUUUAGAUCAUUCUAAUCAGCUGUGUGACAUCAUUCAUUUGAGUUACACCUUCUUACCCCAUCAUCUUAAGCUUUGUUUUCUGUCAUUUGGGUGUUUUCCAGAAGACUAUGAGGUUUAUGAAGAUGUGAUUGUUAACUUUUGGGUUUCAGAAGGAUUUCUAAAGGUUUUGAGGUCUGAGAGGUUAGAAGAUGUGGCAAGGAAAUCCUUACAAGAUCUUGUAGAUAGAAAUCUUGUUCUAAUUUGUGAACAGAGAAAUAUAAUAGCAGGUGGAUUAUCAAAAGCAUAUCAAAUGCAUGAUGUCUUACGUGAAUUAGCCUCGAGAGAAGCCCAGAAGGAGAAUCUAUUAUAUUCUAAGCAGGGUAAUGGCAUGGGUUUGAGGUAUAAGAUAAUUCCGCGACUAAACUCUUCUCGUAUAUCUCAACCAUGGAGUACUACUCAAUCAAGAAUUUGUAGUUACAAGUCUUUAACUCAUUCUAGCAACACCUCUUCAUUCAUUGAUGUAUACGGCUACACUAAGCUGGUGCAUAUGCAUUCUAAGUUCUUAAGGGCAUUGGUGCUACAUGGAUUCCUCAAUAUUUUACUGGAGAUUGCAGGUCUAGUGCAUUUGAGAUGGUUAAAAAUUGCUUGUGACUUGAAUAUCUAUUCUCUACCUUUGUUCAUGUUAAGGAAUCUACAGAAGCUAGAACUUCAUAGUUAUUCAUCCUGUGAUUCCCUUGAUAUCUGUGGAUUACCUCAACUAAGGAAUCUCUCUAUUAGGGAAGGCAUUGCAUUAGUUCCACCAAGAUCAGUUCAUCAUAAUUUGGAGAGGAUUAGAUUUUUGGAUUAUAGGAGUUGUACUGAGGAGCUGUUUGUGAGAAUUCCCAAUGUAAAGACAUUGGGAGUUACUAGCACUCAUCAUUCAGAACGCAAAGCUCACAAUUGGUUUGAAAGCCUUGCCUAUUUAUAUAAAUUGGAAGAACUGUUGUUUUGUGGCAUAGAUCUUCAACCCGAGUUUAAAACUCUUCAUUCUGUGGGGAUAUUGAGCCUAGAUAAGUUUUUGCCAAAUCUUAAGAAGUUGCAACUCUUCGAUACGAAUUUAAGAUGGAAAGAUGUGGAUCUUAUUGGUACAUUGUCUAAGCUCGAGGAACUCAAAUUGAGAGCUUGGUCUGUUCAUGGCCGAAGAUGGGAACCUAGAGACGGAGGGUUUCAUGGAUUAAAGUUCUUGGCCAUGACUAGUUGUGAUCUACAAUGCUGGGAAGUCACUAGUGGUCAUUUUCCUGUCCUUGAGUAUCUAGCCUUCAUGUACAUGGGUUACAACGGUGUAAAAGAGAUUCCUAGUGAUUUUGCAGAUAUAGCUACUCUCAAGUCUAUCAAUUUAUUUGAAUGUUCAAACCAGUUUAUGUCUUCUGCCAAGCGUAUUCAAGAAGAGCAGCGAGAGUACGGAAACGACGCAUUAGUUGUUGAUAUGUAAGCCAGGGGGAUGCCAAUAGGAGGUAUUCAAGAAGAAUUGAAUGAAAAUGAGCUGCCUUUAUACUUUCAUAACAGAUGCCAGCGGCUAGAUUGCCCAGAGGUUGGCAAUUAGUGAAGAAAAUGCCAGCGGCUGAAUUGAAUUGAAUUGAAGUGCUAGCUGAGGUUGUCUGUUCAUAAGUUCCAUGAAGAUGAGAUGAGAUAGAUGCAGCCAACACACCACACUGUAAUCUGAAGCCUUCAACAUCGGUCCCCUGCUGGUACAAUCUGGAGGUUUUGAGUUGAUAAGUUGCGGAAUGAAGUAAAUUGAGAGUAUUUUGUACAUGCAUUGAAGAAUUUGGGCCGACGCUAAUGCUGGCAUGAGGGCAAAUGAAGAUUCAAUGACGGAAGCAUCAAAGAUUUCUAGUGGUUUUACAAAUAUAGUUAUUCUCAAAUCAAUCAAGUUUUUGGUAUUAGAGAGGAAGAGAUAGUGAUAAUAAAGUCAAAAGUUGAAAAGAAUUAUGACUAUGCAUGGUAAGGAAUCGGGUACUAGAGUACGAGCCAUUGCAGCAUUUGGGGUUUGAGUGCAUUUAGUUGCACAAUGUGCUUGGAACAAUGUAUAUUGAUACAGACUACAUUGAAUUGGAAUUAGAUUCUGAUCUCUUUCACCAUACCCGUGUGAAAAGCAUUUUUAUGAUGAUGGAUCAUAUUAAAGAUGUUUUAGCUAUGCAAUGACUUGAUGUAUCCAUUAUACAAGUCUUUAUAAUGUAUCUUCAGAGAUUAUGCAAUCAAUUUGGAGUUGACUCAACUAGAUUUUUGUGUCACCACAAAUAGCAAAGGUCUACUCUUAAUUUGAAUUUUAAUGUUGUGACUACAUAUAUUGGAAACACUAUGGUCACAUUGAAGGACAAGACAUUAAUUUUAGCACUAUACUAUCAAUCGGCAUUUGGAUCAUAUAUGAAUCAAUGGGGGCAAAAAGCAAAAAAAUCUUCCUCAAUGGAAGCAUGUUAAGGUAUUGAAUGUCGAUACUAUGUUAUGAAGUAUAUGCAUGAAUUAUGCACAAAAUAUUCUACAUUCACUUCUUUGGAUGAGGUGUUUCAAGACACUAUGACAUAUUUCAUGGGGAUGUUAACUAGUCUAGAGAAUUUUUGACCAAAUCUCAAGGAGUUAAAAUUCUCUAAUACAAAUUUAAAAUUGAAGGAUAUGGAUGUUGUUGGUAAGGUGUCUACGCUUGGGAACCUCAAAUUGGAUAACUUUGUUAUUGCAGAUCAAAAAUGGAAACCCAAAGGUGGAGGAUUUUAUCGAUUAAAGUUCUUGAUGAUAUAUUGGAGUCCUCUACAAUAUUGGGAAGCCACUAGUAAUCAUUUUUCAGUCCUUGAAGAUCUAGUCUUUGGUUGCAUGGAUUUGAAAGAAAUUCCUAGUGGUUUUGCUGAAAUAACUAUACUCAAAUCAAUCUAUUUAAGUUGUUGCUAAGAGUCACUUAUAUUAUAUGCUGAGCUUAUUCAAAAAGAACACAAGAGUAUGGAAAUGACACAUUUAUUGUUGAUAUUUUAAGGUGUUUUUAUCUUCAAUGGUAAGGGAAGUGAAGAAAAGGGAUAUUUUUGGAUGAUUUGCAGCACAAAGGAGCCCUUUUUGAGAUGGUCGAGAGCAUCAUUGGAUAUUCAAAAAUAAGAAGGACCGCGUUCAAGAGACAAGUGAUUUUCUAUCUGAUGACGUUACACGGCCGUCGACAUGCCCGUGUAGGGGGCCGUUCCUGAGCACAGACAUCGGACGGGCACGAGAAAUCCCGUACAUACACACGGGCGCCCACACGCCCGUGUCAUUGCUCGUGCAACGGUUCCAAUCUUGCGUAUUAAGUUGUCUUUUAUUUUGUUCAUAUCUAAAUUUGAAGGAGGAGAGCAAAUAACGUUUUCCUAAUUUUCAAGAUAGCUUUCUGGCUUAGAUUAGACUAUUUUUCUUCAAAAGAAUUGAUCUACUCAACUUACAUGCUUGGAUUAUUAGAGUGGAUUCUUCGACCUCCACUUGGAUUUCUCCAUUAAGAGAAGUUUUUCUUUUA